GAGAGAGAGAGAGAGAGAGAGAGAGAGAGAGAGAGAGAGGAGUCCCCCCUAUUGUUUGCUAGAACGACGGAGACGAGACAUCAGACGCGAAGACUAUUAACACUCGCAACUCGAAGUUGGCGGAGCUGAUGGUAAUUACGUUGAAAAGAUAACAAUAUAAUGUUUGCAAUAAGGAUGUGCUCGUCUUCGCCGCCGCCGUCGCCACCGCCACCGCCGCUGCCGCCGUCACGACAUCAGCAAAGUGUCUAAACUUCUUUGAUGAAGCAUAAUCAGAUUUCCAAUUACGUGUAUGACCAAGAAGAGGAGAUCUGGAGCGAGAGAAUUACAGAACCGUUUUCAGAACCGUUGGAAUCCGCCGAGGUCUUUGUGACUCAGGAUGCUUCUCGCACUAUUAACUCGCCGUCUUCCUCAGAUCAAUCGCGUUGGAGCAGACGAUUAAGAACGGCCACGGCCGGUCUAGUGUUCCUCUCGAAAUUCUUUGGACAAAAGAAUGGCAAUCCCUCGAGAUCGAUAUAUCGGGGAAGCGCUCGCGGGGGAAAUCUGCUUUAUCUCUCGUCAGUUUUCCGCCUCACGGACCGUUUGACUUUCGGAAGAUCCAGUUGAAGACGAUAGCCAUUCUCGAGCGCUUGGGAAUUACCAUAGACGGUGUCGAGAGAUCAUGAUUAUCGCCAGCCUGGCCGAGCGAAGACUCGCUUGAAGUCGUGAAGUUAGCGAGCGACCUGCGUCAACAUCCGCUAACCGGGACCAUCGUCAUCUCGAGCUGCUCUAUAUGUUUGAAGAAAGAUUCAACCCCCGUCAGACCCUUCGCUCUCGAAGAGAUUGAUGUAUCCGGGCGGUGAACAGGUCGGUGAGAAGCGCGAGAUGAAGCGACUCGCGUACUACGUCCGCGCCUCCGGCGGCGGUUAAAACGGAAGUGGUCGCGGCGGAAGACGAGGAAGGCGAUAUGAGAGGUGUCGGAGCGGCGAGGAAGAAGUGAUCGGGGCGGGGGGUGGUGACGCCGAAGCCGCGGAGGGUGGGUGACGCCGGUGACCGCCGCAUCAAGAUGACGUCGUCGUCGCCGUCGUCGUCGUCGUCGAUCCUAGUGCUGUUCGGCUUGAUCCUGGCGAUCAGCAGCGCCCAGCUGAGCUCGAGGAUCGUCAGGACUAAGUACGGCGAGCUGUCAGGCGUGAUCGUUACCCUCGAUCGAUAUCUCGAGGGCGUCGAGGUGUUCCGCGGCGUGCCCUACGCCUCGCCGCCGAUUGGCUCGUUGCGUUUCAUGCCGCCUGUCACUGGCGCCCUUUGGCACAGUGUGAAGGUCGCCGACAAGUUCGGUCCAGUUUGUCCCCAGAAGCUGCCCGAGCUCAGCGACAAGAUGCCCAAGGGCAGAGUGGAGUACCUCAAGAGGCUGUUGCCCUACCUCAGGAACCAGAGCGAGGACUGCCUGUACCUCAACAUUUACGCGCCGGUUCAAGCCGGCGCGAGGGAUGGCGGCAGCAAGAGGUACCCUGUGAUCGUGUUCGUGCACGGAGAGAGCUACGAAUGGAGCAGCGGAAAUCCUUACGACGGCAGCGUGCUGGCGAGCUAUGGUGGCGUCGUCGUCGUCACCAUCAACUACAGGCUCGGCAUCCUCGGCUUUCUAAACGCCAACACAGACUCGCACUUACGCUCACCGGCGAAUUACGGCCUGAUGGACCAGAUCGCGGCGUUACACUGGGUGCAGGAGAACAUCGCCUAUUUCGGGGGCGAUCCUGGCAACGUCACACUGGUGGGACAUGGCACUGGCGCCGCCUGCGUGAACUUCCUGAUGACCAGCCACGCGGUUCCUGACGGUCUGCUGUUUCACCGAGGUGUCCUGAUGUCGGGCAGCGCGCUUUCACCCUGGGCGUUGGUAAGAGGCGCCGCCAAUUACGCCAUGCAGGUCGCCAAACACCUAAAUUGUUCGUCGACGGAGGGAGAUCCUCAAGCUCUGCUCAGGUGCCUCAGGGACGUGUCCUUGAGCGAAUUGGUGUCCGUACCUGUUAAAGGAUUGGAAUUCGCGCCGGCUUUUGGUCCUAGUAUAGACGGCGUCGUGAUUGAUCCCGGCGAUCCCGAGGAUCAGGACUACACCCUGCAGGUCGACACGAUCAAUACACUCAACAACAUCCUGCUGAGGAAAGAUGUCGUGGCGAAACUGUCGAGGUACGACCUGAUGGUGGGCGUCGUUCGCUCGGAGGCGUAUUUUUCGCUAACCGCGGACGAUGCUCAGUACGGAAUCGAGGCCGACAGAAGGACGAAGAUCCUGCGCGAGUUCGUGCGGAACACGUACACGUAUCACCAGCCCGAGAUCCUGGCUACCAUAAUAAACGAGUACACGGACUGGGAGCGACCUGUGCAGCAUCCCGUUAAUAUUAGGGACGAGACCUUGGAGGCCUUGGGAGACGCGAAUACAGUCGCCCCGGCGACGAGAACCGCGGAUCUUCACAGCCAAUCUCAUAGGAACUCCUACCUAUAUGUCUUCGAUUACCAGACGAAAUUCGGGGACUACCCUCAGAGACCGGGCUGCAUUCACGGGGAGGAGCUGCCGUAUUUUUUCGGAGCACCCUUGGUCGGCGGUCUGUCCCAUUGGCCGAAAAACUAUACCAGAGCCGAGAUAGCGCUCUCCGAGAGCGUGAUACUUUAUCUGACAAACUUCGCACGCACCGGGAACCCGAACGAGGGAACUCCUGAUCCUGGACCCCUCGGCUCCAGGCCGGAAAGGACCAAGUUCAAGAAUAUCGAUUGGACCGCCUACGAGGCCGUCCACAAGAAAUAUCUUAGUAUAGAAAUCAAGUCAAAAUUGAAGAACCACUAUAGGGCCCAUCGCCUUUCUUUUUGGCUAAAUCUGGUGCCUGACCUUCACAAACCCGGCUCGGAUGAUGUUCCUAGGUCACAUCACCUUCUCGAUGCCGAGCAGGUGCCACCCAGAUUCAUCCAGAGGUUGCCGACGACCGCGAGAACGACUACCUUGGAGGUCACCUCCAUGGAGAGAACGUCGUUCAACGUGUCGACAGCCAUCCCCAGUGAGCUGGCCUUCGAAGACACCACGGUACAGCCGGAGGACGGCUUCGCCGCGUACUCCACGGCCUUGAGCGUGACGAUCGCAAUCGGCUGCAGCCUGCUGGUGCUGAACGUGCUGAUCUUCGCCGGGGUAUACUACCAGCGCGACCGCAGCAACCAUCAGCACCAGAACUGCUCGAAGAAGCGCCAGGAGAACGGCCAGAUGCCGAACAACAUCUGCGGCGAGCUGGAGACCAAGACAGCCGAGCGCCAUCACAUACAACACAUACCGCCGCCAGAGUUCGCCGACCUCCAGAAUAAUACCUGUCACGUGCCUAUGCCGCCCCCGCCGCCGAAGAACACGAAGCCCGGCAAGCCCGGCCAGAACCUCAUCAUCAGCCCGAAUCAGCUUCAGCAGGAGAGCCUGGCCAUGAGCGGCACCGGGACUCUGAAGAAGGGACACAACCACCCGCAGGUGAUGGAGGAGCUGAGGGUCUGACUCUAGGAGACACCGCGGCCUGCCAAGUAACACGGCCGCGACAGACCCGGAGAGACCGCGGAAUCGCCGGACGUCACCGCGAAAUCACUUCCGAGUGGUGUUUUUCCGUCGACAGCCUGGCUGUGAGCGACCUCAAAUCGGUACCUCGAGUGAGAGGAAUAGCAGAGGUCUCCUCUCCGCAGCACAUGUGGAAACUAAGGAGGUCUGCCACCGAGAGGUUCGUGGCGGCAAUAACGUGGCCGCGAGUAGCUCCGGAUUACGGAAAACGAGAGCUAAAGCAGUAAAAUGAAGAACUGCUUCGGGAAUUGGUGUUCUCCGUGAAACUUGACGAUGGAUGAGAGGAAAGGGGAAGGGCGAUUCUUCAAGGUUCUCGAGACUGUGCGAAUGUAUGGGACACUGAUAGGGAAUGAUGAGGGAAAGACGAUGAAUAGAGGAUCUUUAUUGUUACGCGAGAAAUAUUACGAAUUAGUGCAGGGACGUAGCUGGGAUUUUGGGCCCAGACGGUGACUUCCGCUAUCGAUUCUUGCGUGGAGGAAGCGGUAGAAGGGAAGAAAGAAAGUUGAUAUACGAUCGGCCAUGGGCCCAGAAGCCUUACAUCCUUUCGCUACGCCCCUGUGUUAGUGUGACAACGCCAUACUGUUAUCGUUUUCUACCUUUCGAAUUUGCGACCAACUGCCGAAAAAAAAUUACAUAGUCUUCGGACGGAUAGGCGAAUCUGCAUAAGUAGGACUCUUCAUCUACGGAAAUAAAGUGAGCUUUGGAGCGAACUUCCAAAGAGUGAUUCCGUAAAUUCACCGCGAAGUGAAUUAUGCGCGAACUUGACAUACAUUGAUUUUCCAUUAAUACGUCACGUGCGCGCGCGGAAACUACUUGAUCAGUUCUUAAAUUAUCUUUCUUUUAA